AUUAAUGAAUUCCUCCCAGUAAAAUAAGUUUUGUUUAUAAAUAUUUUUUAUUUUAUUUAUAAGCAAAUUUAAAUGUUUCGUAGUUAUAUUUUGAUCCUCGCAUUGGUUGCGAGUGAUUGUAUCGGUUUGGAAUUGUACAUUUCCAAGCAUAAACCGGCCGACAGGGUGGUAAACAAAGAUGGGAUUCUGGCUCACUAUCUUAAUGAUGAAGGUGACGUUUUUAUUAAAAUUGAGGAAGAGUGGAAAACAACAUGUAGAUACCCGGGAGAAGUUAUAGAAAGCAUGAGCCACAUGUCGUUAUACCACUGCCCAGCUCCAAAUAUAGAACCAUACGUUGAACAUUGUGAAAAAGGGAAAAUCGUGAAUGUCAUUACUAAAGAGUGUGAAUCCAUCACAGGAGGAGGUUACCCCAUUUGUUACAUUCCUGAUAAAAAUUGUACAUCGGAAAAGGAUCUAGAGAGUCAUCCUCACAAAGAAUUCUUUAUGAGCUAUUUCAUAUGCGAUAAAAAUGGUGGAAUUAUUAUCGCAGAUUGCGAGGAGGACUACCAUUUCAACCAGACCACUCAAAUGUGCGAGCGCGAUGGUGAAAAGCAAACUGUUCCAGUUACCUGGGGUCGAUGCCGUGAAGCCAAUAACAUAACUUGUAAUAAGAUUGGUAUAUUUUCGGUUAGCAACCAUUUUUAUAAAAAUAAUCAAAGUAUUCCUGAAAACUGUGAAAACUGUACAUACAUCUGUGGCUUGGGUAACCCAACCACUUACGAACUUAUUGUUGAGUGUCCUGAAUUUGCCAGUAAGAAACCAGAUAAUGAGUCCACUACUAGGUCAUCAACUGAUGUAACAAAAAAUCAAUCGCCGUCGGAAGAAGAUUGUGACUAUGAUGAUUCUGAAGAAGAAUGUAAUUCUGAGGAAAAGAAGAAAUCAACAACAAAGGCCAAUACCUCUACAAAUAUUUCAGUUGGAUCAACGUCAACAUCUAGUGUAACUGAUGAUUCAUCUCGACCAACAGCAAUACCUGAAAGUCCGAAUAGCUCAAGUGAUAGCCCAACUGGAUCAACCUCAACACCUGAUAAACCAAGUAGUGUAACCGAUGAUUCAUCUCGACCAACACCAACAACUGAAAGUCCGAAUAGCUCAAGUGAUAGUCCAGCUAGAUCAACCUCAACACCUGAAAGUCCUAAUAGUUCAAGUGAUAGUCCAGCUAGAUCAACCUCAACACCUGAUCAGCAAAGUACCGAUGAUUCAUCUCGACCAACACCAACACCUGAAAGUCCCAAUAGCUCAAGUCAUAGUCCAGCUGGAUCAACCUCAACACCUGAUCAACCAAGUAGUGUAACCGAUGAUUCAUCUCGACCAGCACCAACAUCUGAAAGUCCGAAUAGCUUAACUGAUAGUCCAGCUGGAUCAACCUCAACACCUGAUAAACCAAGUAGUGUCAGCGGCGAUUCAUCUCGACCAACACCAACAUCUGAAAGUCCCCAUAGCUCAAGUGAUAGUCCAGCUGGAUCAACCUCAACACCUGAUCAACAAAGUAGUGUAACGGACGAUUCAUCUCGACCAACAUCAACAUCUGAAAGUCCCCAUAGCUCAAGUGAUAGUCCAGCUAGAUCAACCUCAACACCUAAUAAACCAAGUAGUGUAACCGAUGAUUCAUCUCGACCAACACCAACAUCUGAAAGUCCGAAUAGCUCAAGUGAUAGUCCAGCCGGAUCAACCUCAACAUCUGAUCAACAAAGUACUGUAACCGAAGAUUCAUCUCGACCAACACCAACAUCUGAAAGUCCGGAUAGCUCUAGUAAUAGUCCAGCUAGAUCAACCUCAACACCUGAAAGUCCCAAUAGUUCAAGUGAUAGUCCAGCUAGAUCAACUUCAACACCUGAUCAACAAAGUAGUGUAACGGACGAUUUAUCUCGACCAACACCAACAUCUGAAAGUCCGAAUAGCUCAAGUGGUAGUCCAGCUGGAUCAACCUCAACACCAGGUCAACAAAGCAGUGUAACCGAUGAUUCAUCUAGACCAGCACCAACAUCUGAAAGUCCGAAUAGCUCAAGUGGUAGUCCGGCUGGAUCAACCUCAACACCUGAUAAACCAAGUAGUGUAACCGAUGAUUCAUCUCGACCAACACCAACAUCUGAAAGUCCCCAUAGCUCAAGUGAUAGUCCAGCUGGAUCAACCUCAACACCUGAUCAACAAAGUAGUGUAACGGACGAUUCAUCUCGACCAACACCAACAUCUGAAAGUCCCCAUAGCUCAAGUGAUAGUCCAGCUAGAUCAACCUCAACACCUGAUAAACCAAGUAGUGUAACCGAUGAUUCAUCUCGACCAACACCAACAUCUGAAAGUCCGAAUAGCUCAAGUGAUAGUCCGGCUGGAUCAACCUCAACACCUGAUCAACAAAGUAGUGUAACGGACGAUUCAUCUCGACCAACACCAACAUCUGAAAGUCCCCAUAGCUCAAGUGAUAGUCCAGCUAGAUCAACCUCAACACCUGAUAAACCAAGUAGUGUCAGCGGCGAUUCAUCUCGACCAACACCAACAUCUGAAAGUCCCCAUAGCUCAAGUGAUAGUCCAGCUGGAUCAACCUCAACACCUGAUCAACAAAGUAGUGUAACAUACGAUUCAUCUCGACCAACACCAACAUCUGAAAGUCCCCAUAGCUCAAGUGAUAGUCCAGCUGGAACAACCUCAACACCUGAUAAACCAAGUAGUGUAACCGAUGAUUCAUCUCGACCAACACCAACAUCUGAAAGUCCCAAUAGCUCAAGCGAUAGUCCAGCUAGAUCAACCUCAACACCUGAUCAACCAAGUAGUGUAACGGACGAUUCAACUCGACCAACACCAACAUCUGAAAGUCCCGAUAGCUCUAGUAAUAGUCCAGCUGGAUCAACCUCAACACCUGAUCAACCAAGUAGUGUAACCGAUGAUUCAUCUCGACCAGCACCAACAUCUGAAAGUCCGAAUAGCUCAAGUGAUAGUCCAGCUAGAUCAACCUCAACACCUGAUAAACCAAGUAGUGUAACCGAUGAUUCAUCUCGACCAACACCAACAUCUGAAAGUCCCAAUAGCUCAAGCGAUAGUCCAGCUAGAUCAACCUCAACACCUGAUCAACCAAGUAGUGUAACGGACGAUUCAUCUCGACCAACACCAACACUUAAAAGUCCGAAUAGCUCAAGUGAUAGUCCAGCUGGAUCAACCUCAACACCUGGUAAACCAAGUAGUGUAACCGAUGAUUCAUCUCGACCAGCACCAACAUCUGAAAGUCCGAAUAGCUCAAGUGGUAGUCCGGCUGGAUCAACCUCAACACCUGAUCAACAAAGUAGUGUAACGGACGAUUCAUCUCGACCAACACCAACAUCUGAAAGUCCCCAUAGCUCAAGUGAUAGUCCAGCUGGAACAACCUCAACACCUGAUAAACCAAGUAGUGUAACCGAUGAUUCAUCUCGACCAACACCAACACCUGAAAGUCCCCAUAGCUCAAGUGAUAGUCCAGCUGGAACAACCUCAACACCUGAUAAACCAAGUAGUGUAACCGAUGAUUCAUCUCGACCAACACCAACACCUGAAAGUCCCCAUAGCUCAAGUGAUAGUCCAGCUAGAUCAACCUCAACACCUGAUCAACCAAGUAGUGUAACCGAUGAUUCAUCUCGACCAAAACCAACAUCUGAAAGUCCCAAUAGCUCAAGCGAUAGUCCAGCUAGAUCAACCUCAACACCUGAUCAACCAAGUAGUGUAACCGAAGAUUCAUCUCGACCAACAUCAACACCUGAAAGUCAUAGCUCAAGUGAUAGUCCAGCUGGAUCAACCUCAACACCUGAUCAACAAAGCAGUGUAACGGACAAUUCUUCUGGACCAACACCAACACCUGAGAAUCCCACUAGCUCUAGAAAAAGUUCAUUUGAGUCAACUUCUUCUUCUACUCCAUCAGUAGUUUCCAGCACCUCUACUGAACCUACUUUAGAACCUGAUUGCACGUCACUUAAUAAUUUAACGUGUCCAGACGAAGGCUUUUACCGUCUGACCUGUUCGGAGCACUACCACUGUAGGAAAUCCGAACACUGCGGCGGUAAAAUUCUUGCAACUGCAAUCUUCCGAUGUCCCUUGUGUCUUAAGUUCAAUCAAGAGAAAAUGAUUUGUGACUUACCGCAAAAUGUUCCAGAAUGCACCUACUUGGACUCACGGAACGGAUAUAUGGAUACGAAAUAUAAGCUAAGAAAGAAUUGUACUGGCGAGGGACUUUUCCCAGUACCAGAAGAUUGUUCCAAGUACUACGAGUGUCAUAAGAGCCACAUUUCUAAGAAAAUACACCUUAAAGUUAAGAAAUGUGAAGGCAAUAAGAAAUUCAACGAGGAGACCAGCCGAUGCGAGAAAAAUUACAAAUGUCCAGCCCUCGAAGGAAAGUGCAAUACGCAUUCUGCACACGAUAAUUACAGCUGCGAGAAGUUCUAUGUAUGUUCUGAUAAUGUGCCGACUUAUCCGCUUUUCUGUCCACGCGACCACAUAUUUUCGGGUGACACUUGUUUAAAUAAAACAUAUAUAGCCACAGAGAGAUGUAACACGUGUAAUAAUGGGUUAUUAGAAGGAGAUUCCGGUGGCCUGUUAUCUCAGAUUAAGAAUAGCAUAAGUCUUUAAUUUAUGUACUUUUCUGAAUUCAAAUAAAAAAAAUAACUAGUG